UACACUUCACAUCUUUACGGGACAAUGGAUAAUACCUACAGAUCUAAACAAAACGGAGGACACUCAAAUCUCAGCAGACUUCUAUUGCUGCUGUUUCUGGCAGGCCUUCAGCCAGUACUGUCUACAGAUACAGAGAAUGCUGAACCAGAUGACGAUGAUGAUGAAGGACUGAAAGUAAAGAUUGUUGGUCCGAACUUUGUGACUGUGGGCGUGCCAAGCAGCAUUGAGUGUGUAGCUGACUGCUCUGCAUGUACCUACUCCAUGUCUUUGGAUGGACACAGUGCCCAGGGUCAGGGCAAUGUUCUAGACUUCACUCUUAGCAGCUGGGUGGAGGCCUUAACAGUGACAUGUACAGUCACAGAUGAAGAAGAAGAUGAAGACCCAGAGCAGACUUCAACAGUGACAAAGCAACUGCAGGUAUUAGCUGGACCUGCCAAUGUUACCAUUACAGGUCCUGAUUUGAUGAAUCCCACAGUGAGCCACACCUACAGUUGCCAUGGUUACUGUCGGCCGUCAUGUAUCUAUGCCUGGAAGUCAGAUACAGGCCCAUGGAUCAGGGGUCAAGGGAAUGUUAUAUCUAUCACUCCUCAGAUGCUGGACAGCUCCAAAACUCUCCUCUGCAAAGCCACCAACAGUGUGUCUGGGAUGUUUGUCACCACAGCCAGAAACAUAAAUGUGAUGUUUGGUCCAACAGAGGUCAAGAUCAAAGGCCCCGAUGUGAUAGAAAUUGAAGAAACGUCCAAAUUUGUGUGUACUGCUGAGUGUCUGCCUUCUUGCCGCUAUGUGUUGUCCGUGGACAGUCAGACCGUGAGGGGCAAUGUUGUCGAGAUAACAAUGGAGGAUCCCUUUAAAUCUGUCACUCUUAAGUGUGAGGCACAAAACACUGCCUCAAGGAAGACGGCUACAGCCUUAAAAACUGUACGAAGAAAAGGGUCAGAUCACAACCUGUCCACUCGUCCUGAAGAAACUUCAGCUGUGCUGCUGUUGGCCUUUGUCAUUUCUGCUGUCUUCAUAAUGUGACCCCACUAAAGACAGGUUCUGUGAAUUAAUUCUCAGUGAAGAAAGGUAGUUGGUUUGUGGAGAAUUAAUGAGUCAUGCACUUGUAUUAUUCCUUUCUAUUUGUCUCACAUGUUGACAGUGGGUUGGACCCUGUGUGUACUUUGUAAUAAGUGACGUGGGAAAGUACUUUAACAUCAAAGCAUGCAGGAGGGAGUGUACGCAUGGAACAUAAGAAUUUGUGAAGAUAUUUGAGAGAAGGAUUUUGUACGUAUCAGUUACAAUAUUAUAAUUAGAAUGUGAUCCUACACCUGUCUGUGAAUGUGAAGUCUUAAAAUGUCCAUACAUGAAUAAAAUGCACUGAUGACUCUUA